AGGUUGAAAGCAGCAGUGCAAUUUAUCCCAUGCUUACACAGUUACAAAUUCUUUCUGAAGUGGAAGCAGCUGCCAGUUGCCUCAACAGUAGAAACUCAGAGAAUGAGUUUGUGGGGUUAGUAAGUGAGCUGGAGAGAACCUGGACUUCAAGAGAUCAGGUGAGCAGUGUAUGCCAUACGUACAUGGAGCCUAUAAUCACAGCAAGAUCAUCUAUUGUCAGAGCUCUUAUGUCUUCACAUAAAGGUGUUUGUGAAGUACUUCACUCAACAUUGUUAAAGAAAUCCAUUCUUACUAGAAAUUCCCAAAUGUUAGGGAAUGGCAGUGGUUGUGAAGUAGCUCUAGUUUCAGCUGUAAAACUGGAUGUCCCCCUGUGUUUGAAAUGGAAAACCCGGUUAGAAGAAGCAGAAGUAGCAAAGAGUCAAGGAGAUAAUCAUCAUGCAAUGCAAGUUCUUGAUGUUUUACUAGAAGACAUGCAGAAGGUUGACUUGAAUGAUGAGCAGGAAGUUUUGCUUUGCCAAGUUAUCCAUUCAUAUGGAUGUGUGCUGAUGGACUCACUUGCAAAACCGCCUCGAGUUGUAAUUACAGAAUAUUUUAACAGAGCUGUUGACAUUUUAGAAGCAAGGCAAGAAUCUGGAUGUCAAAACGUUUUAGAAAAUAGUUACCACAAGCUUUCUGUAUAUGCUGAUAAACUGUACAGAGAUGUCCGUCAAUAUCUAGAAUCUGACAUCAUUCAGUCAAAAAGGGAGAAUAUUGCUAGAUCAAGAAAAGAAAUAGAGAAACUAGAAAAUUUAAGUGUGAAAGCACAGGAUUUAACUGAAAAGAAAGACUUAAUAAGAAAGCUAAGUAUUCUCCAGAAAAAUGUUGAUAUUGACAAAAAUGUCUUGGCUGACUUAAAAAAGGAGCAAGAAGAGUUCCUCUUCCUAGCUCUUCAGAAUUAUUUGAAGUGCCUUCUAGUGUCUCAUGAUUAUGACUUACACCUGUAUCGUACUGUUGCCCUUUGGACUGAGAACCUUGAAAAUGCUAACAUUAAUAAAUUGAUGAACACAUAUGGAAUAAAGAUAAAAAGCCACAAGUUUGUACCACUGUUAUAUCAACUUGUUGCCAGGCUAACUUGUGUAGCAGAUGAAAAGAAGCAACUGUUUUUGAAAACUCUUCUUAAUAUUUUAGAGCGUAUAUGUCUGGAACACCCACAUCAUAGCCUCCCAGUUGUUAUGGCAUUGGCAAAUGCCCAUGCUGAUGAUGAUAUUUUGAAAGACUCCCGUAGCAGCAGUAGCCGGAAGAAAUUACAGCAAGCCCAGGGGGUUGAAGAGGGUCGAGUUCAGGCUGCAAAGCUCCUGAUAAAUAAAUUAAAGAAGACAGAACUGGGUAGUCAUGUUGCAGAGCUUGAGAAAAUUUCAUUAGCAUAUCUUGUCUUAGCAAACUGGUCUGAUGGUGCAGAUAAACAUAAUGCAGGAGACAAGGUUAGAAUUCCUGGUAAUCAGCCAUUGAUGAAUAUUAAAAACAUACAGUAUACUAGCGCUCUUACUCGCCCUCUUGUGCUUCAACCAUCUGGUCAUUACGAUCCUCCAGUUAUAUCUUCUUGGGAAAAUCAGUGCAUGUUUGUAGGAGGAGUUAAUGCUCCUAAACGUCUGACUGUUAAAACCUCUGAUGGGCUGUCCCAGUUUGAACUUUUGAAGGGCAGGGAUGACAUACGACAAGAUGCUGUCAUGCAACAGGUGUUUGGUAUAGUAAAUGAAUUAUUAUGCAAAAAUCCUGAUACCAGAGAGAGAGCUCUUUCUGUGCGUACUUACAAAGUGUUACCGCUUUCACAAAAGAGUGGUCUUAUCCAGUGGUGUAACAAUACACAGGCAUUUGGAGAAUAUCUUAUAGGCUGUGAUAAGAAAUCUGGUGCCCACAAAUUAUACUACCCAGAUGAUUACAAUGCUCAAAAAUGCAGACAACUGAUGACACAUGCAAGACUGCCAAAGACUGAGUCACUUGAAGGUGAGGAUAUUUUGAAUAAUUUCCAUGCAGUCUUCAGAAACUUUUUCUUUGAGAACUACCCUUCAACCUCAUGA